GUUCUAUCUUCGCACCUCGGGAAGGUUGAUACCAGCAUGCGCAUGGACUGACCACACAAAGCGACUGCACAAGUGUUUUCAGUCUGACGUGGACAUAUAUCCAGUUGGCCAAGUCCGCCUGUGGUAGCUAUCAGCCGUGACAUGGAGCCAAACAACACGGCACAGUCACUUGCGGAGCCUGAUUGACCUGGCUGAGCUCGAGAUACCCCGGGCUUGGGGUUGGCUUUUCCAAACGGGGUGUGUCGGUGGGGCCAGCCGGGAUUCUGUCCCGCGCCGCGAGUGGCACUUUGUGUGACAUUUCCGAGUCUACAUGGGCGGGUUGACGGUGGCCACGCGCCGCUCAGCGACGUGUGCUGGCUGGCUGGUUUGGCCGGACUCGAACUGACUAACAGCCAGGCUAUGUGUGACUGGACGAGGCUCCCAACACACACACACACACACACACAUAUAUACACACGCCGCCACGCAGCCCCGUCCUUUUGCCGCCUCAUCCCUACGUCUCAAUGACCGCCAUCUAAUGCUACCAUUCAAACUGCCACAACAACAAGAGCAGAAACCAACGUCAAACCCCCCCACUUCCCGCCGUCAUGGCCUCACUAAAGCAGGACUUCGGACACGCGGCCUCCUCGCUGCCGUGGUACACUGCCAUCCAGCCACCGAGCGGGUGGGGGGAGCUCGAGCAACCGCAGCCGCAGCCGCUCCCCAGCUCCGCCAGCCACAGCCACACCCACCACGACGGCUAUAGCAGCAGCAGCAGCAGCAGUAGCGCCUGGUUACCGCCCCCGGCCGCGAUGAUGCCCCCGCGGACGACGCCCAGGUGCCACCGCCGCCGCCCCCUGCACCACCCGACGGCCGACCGCGGCGGCGCGGCGCGCUCGGCCGUGCUCUUCCUGGCGCUGGCGCUGGCGUCGUGGCUGGCCGGUGCGGCGGGG